AUGCACCUCAAACGUAGCUUCAACACUGUCGGCGUUCACUGUGCCGGCGAAACUUGCGAUGUAGUCGUCGGAGGCGUUCGAGAUGUGCCUGGGAAAACCAUGUAUGAGAAGAUGAUGUACAUGUGGAAGACCAACGACGAACUCCGGAACCUUCUACUCAACGAACCUCGGGGCUGCUCUGCCAUGUGUCACAAUCUUCUUCUCCCGCCCUGCAAUCCUGAAGCCGACAUCGGAUUCAUCAUUAUGGAGCAUGAAGAAUACCCACCUAUGUCGGGAGCCAACACCGUCGCCACGACUACAUGCCUCCUCGAGACUGGGAUCAUUCCCAUGCAAGAGCCAGAAACAAUCGUGAAGCUAGAUGCGCCGGCUGGCCUCGUCACCGUAUAUGCCGAGUGCAGCAAUGGCAAAUGCAAAAGUGUCCGAUUCCACAAUGUCCCGGCCUUUGUCUUUGCCCUUGAUAAGGAGAUCUCAGUCCCCGGACUCGGUACUAUCGAGGUUGAUCUUGUGUAUAGCGGGAUGAUCUUCGUUCUGGUGGAUGCUGCUUCUGUGGGGAUCAAGAUCAAGAGUUCUCAAGGAGGCCAUAUCGUCGAAGUUGGCGAACGCAUCAAGCGGGCUGUAGCAGAGCAGACAGACCCGUUUCACCCGGAAAACCCAGAUAUCCGCGGAGCCACCAUUCUGGAAUUUACAGAUCCUGUUACAGACUAUAAAGACGGGAAAGCUUCUCUGAACACGGUCGUCGUAUCCCCUGGACGACUGGAUCGGAGUCCCUGCGGCACUGGCACUUGCGCCCGGCUUGCGGUUCUCCAUGCUAGAGGACAAUUAGCGGAUGGCGAGCCUCUUUACCAUUAUGGUAUUACUGGGACGGAGUUUAUCGGCCGGAUUCAUGGCACCACAAAAGUCGGAGAUUAUGAUGCUGUUUAUCCUUCUGUGACUGGCAGUGCUUGGAUUACGAGCUUCAAACAGGUUGUUUUGGAUGCGACGGAUCCAUUCCCAGAAGGGUUGCGGGUUGGAGACGUGUGGAAAAUGGACGCUGAGGAAAGAGGAGUCUGA